ACGAGACCAAACAGACUCAGCCUUCAAAACUAAAGCGAUAGGGAGCUUCCGCGUGAGUCGUACAUUUCACACAAUCUAAACGCAAAUGCAUGUGAAGUGAACCAUACAUUAUUUUUUCAUCGUAGCCUCUGAAAAAUCAUGUAACAUUUCACAGCCUCAAAAAGUAGUUUUUCUCGGGCACACCCUCAACCUACGAGCGGACAUUCACCUGAACUCUGUACCACGAUGAACAGCUCGUCCAUGGAUGCAUACACUCUCUGUCAUAACUCGAUGCAGCCGCUAUAUGUACUGCUAUCUGCCGUGUGUGUCGAUAUCGUAAAGCCAGCGACUGGCUCCAAGAAGAAGAAGAGGAGGAAGCGAACGGGUAGCGAGGAUGACAAGAAUGAGCAGCAGCAACAUCCGUCACUGGAGGACGUGGCAAAGUACCUCGAGGACCUGUCCAGCCUGCUUCGUGAGGUGUCGCGACCUUUCCGACCUUUCCCCUCAGUGGAGAGACAGCUGGUCAACCUCGAGGAGGAGCUGAGGAGAUGUCAGCUGCCCUUCGAUGAUAAGAACGUGAGGGGGAAGGAGAGGUCGAGAGGGACAGAUCUUAUUGCUGAUCCUAAGCCAACUCAGUCGCACACUGAUGCCACUAGAAUGCUGGCUAAUUUUGAGUGGUCAAUGUACCCACAGACUUGUAAGCUGAUUCUGCAGAGCUACAACAUGUCAAUGGAGGACUCCCAAGAUGUCUUGGACUCUAAACUAACAUUUCUAGAUAGUCUUCUCCAGCGACUGGACCAUCACCGCGCACAGACUGCCAGUACCGUCAAAGGAAACUCUGCAUAG